AUGAGAGAAAGAAGUGAUAGUCUUAAAGUGUGGCAUGAUGAACUGAAAAAAUUCGAAGUGAAAGAUAAAAGUAAAUACAAUCUCACGAAAGAUACAGUUCAACGAAGACUAAGGCCUGAACCUGAAAUUAUUGAACACAUUUUAGAAGGAUUAGAAGACAAAAUAAGGCAUUAUUUUAAUUUAUUUAAAUUAGAAAAAGAAAAAAGAUCUUCUGCAGAAAAAAACAAUUAUUAUUUACAAGAAGAAGUAGCUAAGGCUUAUGAAGCAUUAGAAAAAAAUAAAAUAUAUACUAUGAAGCUUGAAGAGAAGUUAAGCAAUAUAAAAGAUAAUCAAAGUUCUUUAAUUGACACAGUUCGUCGUAUAGAUUUAUUAUAUAUACAACUUGAUACGUUAGUUCAAUCAUUUGCAGGUGUUUGCACACAAACAGCUGCAGAAGUAUCAGAGGAUACUAGUAAUAUAGAAAAAAAGAGAAAUACAAUAAAAAUGUUAUUAGAUUAUAUAUAUCCAUGUAGAACACUUGAUCCUCGUAUUAAUGCAUUAUAUGGAUUAUUGUAUUAUCAAACUAUUGGAUUAUUAAAAGAUGGCAAAUAUUCAUGCCCACCUAUUCCUCCUAUACCUCCAGUUGUACCAUCUCAAGAUGAUGGCUGGUUGCCUCCAUCUCAUUUUCACCAUGGUAACAUUGAUCAUAUGCCUAUUUUGAAAGAAAAUAAUUUUUCGGACAUGGUUAAAAGAAAUAACGAAGAAAACAAUAAACUUGAUAAAUUUAGAUCAAGAAAUAUAUCAGAACAUAAAUUAGAAAAAAAUACCCCAAAUUACGAUGAUUCCAUUAUUCCUAGGGAUUUAUUAGGAUUUGAUAUAAAAAUUGGUUUAGUAGAAAUUAAUUAUCCCCUAGAAAAUCCUAAAAUUGUUUGUGUAGUAAGAUAUGACCAUGAAACUGCAUAUUCAGCUAUUCAAAAUAGUAAAAGGGUUACGAAACCUAAAAAUCCCGAUGAGAUAUUACAUAAUGGAAUAUACAUAUUUAAUGUAGAUAAUACUAUCAAUUUAAAUACUUUGCCUCAUAAAAUUCCUGGAACAGUUCCAAGUUUCAGAAUAGAUGUUCAUGAUGUCAGAGGAAAGUUAUUAGUAGGAACAUCAAAAUGUUCUUUUAUUAGUGAAAAAACAUUAGUAAAAAAUGCCCCUUGGGAUAUUUAUUCAAGAAUAGAUAAAAAUAAUCCAAAAAUAAUAGGUAAAAUGUAUGUAUCUGUAUAUCAAUAUCCUAGUAAAUCUGUUUUACCAGCAGAAGUAUUUAAGCAUGUAAAGGAAAGCAAAUUUUCGGAUAAUUCAAGUAUAAAUAGAUCUCAAAUAAUUUUACAAAAUACACAAAAAUCUCUAACUAGCAAUACAAAAAUAGGAUUAAAAGGGAAGUUAAUUACGAAAAAAAGCAUUGUUUUAAGUAAGGAUAUCAUUGAAAAGGCUGGAAUUCAAAAGUCAGAAGAGCAUAAAGUUCAAACAAAGUUACAAAUAAUUAAAAAUAAUAAUAAUACACUUAUUCAGAGAGGGAAAAAAGUUUCCUUUAAACCUUAUUCAUCUAAAAAAGAGAUACAAGGAUUAAAAACAGAAGAUGUUAAAGAAUUAAAUGAAUCAAGCAUUGAUGUAAAAGGAAAAAUUUUUCAAAAGGGAAUUUAUAAGAGAAUAAUUAAAGAUAAUAACCAUAUAAACAACAAUAAUAAUUCUGCUUCUAUUACUGUUAAAAAUGAUGGUUCUCAUAAAAAUAAUGAUAAUAAUACUAAGAAUGACAGUAAUAAUAGCAUUGAUAAUAAUGCUAAUAAGAAUGUCAAUAAUAAUAUUGAUAAUAAUAAUAAUACCUUUACUAAUAACAAUAUAAAUACAAAAAAAAUGGAAAAUAUUCUAGAUGAUCAACAUAAAAAUAAGCCAUCAAAUGUAAAAAAUCUUAUAAAAGACUUAUCAAAAAAGAUAGAAUUAGGAAAACCAGGUACUAUUAAACCAUUUACUUUAAAAAGUCCAUUAAAAAUGGAAACUAAAAACAAAAAUAUUUCUGCGGAAAAUGAAUUGGAAAAAAAGGAAUUAACUGAAAAUAAAAAAAAUUCAUUAAAUAAUGAGGAACUUGUAAUUAAUUCUGAAAAGAUGGAAGAUGGAAAAAUAAAAAUUAAACUACCAUUAUAUCAAAAAAAAGAUGCACUCACAAAAGCUAAAGUUACAGAACAAAUAAACAAUGUAGAUGAUAAUAUAAAAAGUAAAAUAAAAGAAUCUGCACCUACUAAAAGUGAUUCAGUAGAUCAAAAACUGACCUCUAAAAAUAUACUUAAACCACUCCUUAAAAUAAAAGUUGAGCCUAAAAAAGAAAAUUUAAAUAAAAUUUUAAAAAUAAUAAAUAUAAAACCUUCAAAUGAUAAAAAUGCAAAUAAAGAAUCUGAAAUUAAUAAAAGUUCUAAACAAAAUUUAAAUAAAGAAAUAGAAAAUAAAAAUUUUACUCCUAAUAUUGAAGCAAAAAUAAAUGAAAAAUUUUCAAAGAAUUCUGAAAAUGAAAAAAGUAAUCCAACUAUAUUAGAAAAGAAAAAAGAACUUGGAAUUAAAAAACCAUUGUCCAUUUUUAAAUUAAAUACUGGGAAAAAAGAACCAAAUGAAACUAAAAAAAAGUUUUCCCUUUUUAAUUUCAAAAAACCAAAAAAUGAGGAUACAGAAAAAGAUGAAACAAAUACAAAAAACGCUGAAGUAUCGAAAAUAAUGAAAAAACCAGUUACAAAAAAGGAUACAAUAAUUAAACAGACAAGCGUUGAAAAUUCUGAAUUAAAAAAAAUCUUAGAAGAUGCUAAAAAAAAAUCUAUAUUUAUCGAUAAAAGUAAAAUAAAAAUGACGUUAUUGAAAAAAGUAGAACUAAAGAAGGAAAUUAAAAAAUUUGUUCCAAAACUUAAAUUUGGACAAUAA